UGUGGGCCCGCACGCGCACUGCGUCGCCCGCUUUCGCGUCGUUUGUACGUCUGGCUGUACAGAUGACAGGAUUUUAUAUAUGUGUAUACAGAUGUUUCUCUAAUUUAUCAACUUAAGUGUACAUGUGCUAAAAUGCUGCUCUCCGAUGUAUUGUGUUACGCCUUUCUGACUGUCACGAUAACCACCAGCUGUACGCAGGCAGACUCCAUCAGUCAAGACUACGAACUAAGCGAUGAACCACUACGAAAGCAUAUAGUAAAACGAGACUCGCCUCUCGUCAUCGACCACUUUCCCUACCGACCCAUUCUCAAACAUAGACCCAAAUUUAUUUAUAAAAGAGUCUCAAACCCCAAAUACAGAAGUCCUAAACCUGCAUAUGGAGUGACUCGAACAAAACAACGGUCUGCAAAACCAAGUAGAAAAGUUAUGAGGAAAUACAGAAAGAGCGUUAACCCAAAAUACAGCCCCCCGAGCCAUUACAAACGCCCUCCAAAAAUUCGUUACGCGAACCCGAGGACGCAAGAAUUCAAACCGUUAUAUGGUUUACUUAAAAGAAGUCCCGAUUUCCCAUUAACUCCUAAACCGGCAGGAUUCGGAGAACCACCAAGCGAUUACUACUUUGAAAAGAAAAAUAAAAUGAAUUACGGAGAUCCAUCAGACGUCUAUAGAGGUCAAAUAAAAGUCGUACCAGACGGCCCGAAAUUCGCUCGGCAAAAGUUUUCAGACUCGAUCGAUGUCGACGAGCAUGAUUAUCUAGAGCAGAAAGCAAAAAAGAAGGACCCCAUUUUCUUUAAUGACUUUGACGGUAAUUUCGCAUCAUCCGAGAAACGUCCGGUGAACCAAAUAAGGGGUCCUGAAUACGAUAUAAAUAAAAAUGCGAAAAGAAAUUAUGGAACAGAUUUUCAUACGAGUCAAGUAAAAGCUGUGCCAAAAGUUCCAAAUCCACCUCGACAGAAGUUAUCCGAUCCAAUUGAUUUGGAUGAGCCGGAUUACUUAGAUCAUAAAUCAAAAAUCAUUGAUACUAUUUACUUGAACGAUUUCGACGAGAACUUCGGAAUGCCUGAGAAAAGUCAUCCAAAAGUACGAAGCCCUGAUUACCAGGUACCUCUAAGUAUUGAUGACGACGAGAAUAUAUUUUCUGAUGUUUACAAUUCUGAGAAAACUUUGAAGAUGGAUGUAUUUAAUAAAAGGAAGAAACAGAAGAGAGCUGAGAGAUUUAGAGGAAGGAGCAAGCCUGUGAAGGCAUCAUUGAUAAGAGAUGAAGCAGACGAUGAUGUGAUAGUCGGUGGGAGGUAUGCAGAGCCGCCAGGCAGAUAUUACGCUAACUACAACUCCCGAGGAAUGAUGGUUGAUGAUGAUAACUUUGCUCCACCCGGUGCGGUGGACCCAGAUGUUGCAUCAUCAGCGACGAUGUCUCCAUACGUUAAUUAUAAACAUAGUAACUUAGCAUUCAGUCCGCAAAAUCUUAAUGAUGCAUUUAGUAUAGUUGAUUAACAUUAAAUUAGUUUCAAAAUCGGAUAAUAACUUUAAAACCUAAAAGUAGAUAUUAAAUAAUUAAACUGUUAAAUUAAAGAUUGUUAAGAAUUAUUUAUUAAGGUAGUAUAUGAGACAAGUAUUACAAAAAGGACAGGUGUAAAUUAAUUUCGCAUUUAAUUUAGUGUACCUAGAUAAUCUCCGUCUAAUCAAGGUAUUUCAGUUUUAGGAUCUUUCGUGACUUGAGUUGUACUUAUAUUUUUACAAUGUAUGCAUAAUCGUCCUAAAAAUAUCUAAUCAGAUUUCAAUAUGUUAUACAUCUUGCAUCAAUACAAAUGUGGUCAUGUGUGUUAAAAUAAAACACUUAAACAAAAUGUUUUUUCGUCUAACUUGAGAAAGCGUAUUUUGAAGAUUUAAAUAUUAAGACUGCCUAAAUGUAAGCAAAUUUCUUUGAUAAGUAAUUUCAUAGUAAUUGCAACCCAAGGAAUAAAGAUGCACAUUGUAACUAAACAUUAGAUUGAAUGAAAAUACAUCUUUUGUAAAAACUUACAUUUCUUUCCCUUUAUGGCUACCAAAAUUACGUGCAAUAUGAAACUUAUAAUUUGUAUAAAUAACCUAGAAACUACUUAGAUAUGAUUAAAUAUUUGUAAAAAAUAA